AUGAUUUUUAAUGAAGGAGCUGCUACAGUUCAGGUUCAGUUGGUUGCUAGAUCUAACUUCAUCUUGAAGUGGACGCCUGUGGUUACUAGUGAGCUUGGCACCAUCAACAACCUGAUCCAUGUGAAGAAAUCAGAUUUUGAAGUAUUUGAUGCCCUUAAGCUAGACUCUUUGGAGAGUUUGGAUGCUGUAGGAAAAGAUUUGUCCAGUUCUCCACCAGGUCCUUAUGGCCAGGAAACGUACACCUUUAAACCAGAGGAAAGGUUUAAAUCUCCACCAAUUCUGCCCCCUCAUCUUCUACAGGUUAUCCUUAAUAAAGAUACGAAUAUCUCAUGUGAUCCAGCAUUGCUUCCUGAACCAAAUCAUGUGAUGUUGAACCACCUCUACGCCUUGUCCAUUAAAGAUGGAGUGAUGGUACUGAGUGCAACUCAUCGCUACCGGAAAAAGUAUGUCACAACCCUCCUGUACAAGCCGAUCUGACAAGAAAUGUACACUGAAAAGGACUAGAAACAGAGAGUGAAACUGUGUGUGGCAUCUGUUUGCAAAGACUGUGCUCUUACUCAUUUUACUUUGCAGUUUACUGGUGGACUGUGACAUUUUAUCAUUCUGCUUAUGAGGCUUGGGAAGAAAGCUUAAGAUAAGAUGAGGUGCUGGUUGUUAACCUGUUUUACCAUGCCUUACAGAAGACUACAGCAGUUAAAAUCUUUCAUUAAAAUGUCAGAUAUUGUUUGGAUUAUCAUAAUCCAGUGUUUGACCUUAUUUUAAACUGUUAUACUGAUUUUUAUAUUUAGAGCAGGUACCCGUCUUUGCUUUUCUUGUUAAAGCUAGCUUUGGAGAAGCAUCAUCCAUUGUAUUUUUGGAAUGUGCAUCACGGAUUUGUUUUUUGGCAAGUACAAUACCUGGAAUUUUUUUUCUCAAAUUUCAGUUAGGAGUUUAUAUGCUUUCAUUUAUAAAGUGUUAGAUUCAGA